AUGGCCGCUCCCGGCGUUCAGUCCUUGAAGUGUGUCGUGACCGGCGAUGGUGCCGUCGGCAAGACAUGUCUCCUAAUCUCAUACACAACGAAUGCCUUCCCUGGCGAAUACAUCCCGACAGUGUUUGACAACUACUCAGCCAGUGUGAUGGUAGACGGGAAGCCCAUCAGCUUGGGCCUUUGGGAUACCGCCGGUCAAGAAGAUUACGACCGUCUGCGCCCACUGUCCUACCCCCAAACCGACGUUUUCCUUAUCUGUUUCUCAAUCGUCAGCCCGCCGUCGUUUGACAACGUCAAGGCAAAGUGGUUCCCCGAGAUCGACCACCAUGCUCCGAAUGUUCCCAUCAUCCUCGUUGGCACCAAGCUGGAUCUUCGCGAGGACCAGGCUACGCUCGAUUCGCUGCGCCAAAAGCGCAUGGAGCCCGUCUCGUACGACCAGGCUCUGAUCUGCGCAAAGGAGAUUCGUGCACACAAAUACCUCGAGUGCUCGGCUCUGACGCAGCGUAAUCUCAAGAGCGUCUUUGACGAGGCUAUCCGUGCCGUGCUCAACCCUCGGCCAGUCCAGCAAAAGCCGAAGAAGUCCAAGUGCACCGUCCUAUAA